AUGGUGCCGUCUUCUCCCCGCAGCUGCUGCGGGGCGGCGGCGCUCCGGAUCCCGGCUCUCCUGCUCCUCCUGUGCCUGUGCCCGGCGGGCGGGCAGCUCCGCUACUCGGUGCAAGAGGAGCUGGAGCGCGGCGCCUUCGUGGGGAACGUGGCGACCGACCUGGGCGUGGAUCCGCAGCGGCUGUCGGCCCGGGGCGCACGGCUGACCUCGGGCAGCGGGCGGCAGUACCUGGAGCUGGAUCUGGGCCGCGGGGCGCUGCUGGUGAAGGAGCGCAUGGACCGGGAGGCGCUGUGCGAGCUUAGCACCUCCUGCUUUCUCAGCCUGGAGCUGGUGAUCGAGCAGCCCAUCGAGGUGCACAACGUGGAAGUGGAGGUGCUGGACAUCAACGACAACGCGCCCCGCUUCCCGCGGCAGGACUACCGGCUGGAGGUCAGCGAGUCCGCUGUGCCCGGUGCCCGCUUCCACAUCGAGAGCGCGCAGGACCCCGACGUGGGCACCAACUCGGUGCAGAGCUACCGGCUCAGCCCCAACCAGCACUUCGCCCUGGACCUCAAAGGCUUCCAGCGCGGCAGCAAACUCCUGGAGCUGGUGCUGCAGCAGCCCCUGGACCGGGAGCAAAGCGCCCUGCAGCAGCUGGUGCUCACCGCUGUGGAUGGGGGCAGCCCCGCCAGGUCUGGCACGGCCCAGAUCUCCAUACGGGUCAUGGACACAAACGACAACUCGCCCGUCUUCGACCGAUCCACCUACACUGUGAAACUGCUGGAGAAUGCGGCCCCGGGCACGCUGGUGGUGAAGCUGAAUGCCUCGGACCCGGACGAGGGCUCCAACGGGGAGGUGCUGUACUCCUUCAGCGGCUACACCCCCCAGAAGGUGCGGCAGCUCUUCAGCAUCGACCCAGUCUCCGGCGAGGUGAGGGUCAAUGGCACACUGGACUACGAGGAGGCCUCCUCCUAUGAGGUUUAUGUGCAGGCCACCGACCGGGGUCCUGUGUCCAUGGCCGGGCACUGCAAGGUGCUGGUCAACAUCGUGGACGCCAACGACAAUGCCCCCGAAGUGGUGCUGACCUCCCUGUACAGCCCGGUGCCAGAGAACGCCCGGCCCGAGACCGUGGUGGCUUUAAUGAGUGUAACCGACCAGGACUCCGGGCCGAACAAGCAGGUCAGUCUGAGUAUCCCUCCCAACAUCCCCUUCAAACUCAACUCCUUCAAAAACUCCUACACGCUGGUCACGCAGGGCGACCUGGACCGCGAAAGGGCUUCCUCCUACAACAUCACGGUCACGGCUACGGACGCCGGGACCCCUCCCCUCUCUUCCCACAAAGUGAUACAAGUGGACAUCUCCGAUGUCAACGACAACCCUCCGCGGUUCGAAGAGCCCGUGUAUUCCGUUUACAUCCCUGAGAACAACGCGCUUGGGGUUUCGCUGUGCACUGUCAAAGCCAUCGAUCCCGAUGACAACGAAAAUGCCUAUGUGUCCUAUUCUCUCCUGAAAGGGGAAAUUCAAGGGCUACCUGUCACAUCCUACGUCUCCAUUAAAUCCGACAAUGGUAACAUAUAUGCGGCCAACUCCUUUGACUACGAGAAGUUAAGGGAGUUUCAGGUUGUUGUUCAGGCCCAGGAUGCUGGGACCCCAGCACUUAGCAGCACUGUCACUGUCCACGUGUAUGUGGUGGAUCAGAAUGACCAUGCGCCUCGGAUUCUGUACCCUACCUCAACCAACGCCUCUGCAGCCUUGGAGAUGAUCCCUCGCUCCGCACAAGCAGGUUAUUUGGUUACCAAAGUAAUAGCCAUUGAUGCAGACUCUGGACAAAAUGCGUGGUUGUUCUACCAUCUGGCUCAAGCCUCAGACCCAGAUCUCUUCAGAGUGGAGCUACACAGCGGGGAGAUUCGGACUACUCGCAAACUGGGGGAUGACAGUGUUACUACUUUCAACCUGUCAGUUGUUGUGAGAGACAAUGGAGAGCCAUCCCUGUCCUCAGCAGUAGCCAUAACCAUCGCUGUUGUGGAUAGAGUUUCCAAAAUCAUCCCUGACACAAGGAGGCAUAUCAAAAGUACUAGAAAUUACUCAGAGAUAACACUGUAUCUCAUUAUUGCGCUGAGCUCAGUUUCAUUCAUAUUUGUUUUGACAAUCAUUGUCCUAACGGUUAUCAAGUGCUACAGAUACAGUGUGUAUGGUGACUCCUGUUGUGGAGGUUUCUGUGGGGUCAGAGAAAGGUAUCCUGCUGAAAUGUACAAGCAGGCUAACAACAACAUUGACGCUAGGAUACCACAUGGUUUAAAAGUACAGCCACAUUUUAUUGAAGUGCGGGGGAAUGGGUCUCUCACUAAGACCUACUGCUAUAAGGCAUGUCUGACUGCAGGAUCAGGAAGUGACACUUUCAUGUUUUACAAUACUGGUGGCCCAACGGGAACUGGUCCUCAUGCAGUGACGGCUGAGAGACAUCUGACAGGGCAGAGUGGGCAAAGUGCACAAAACCUGAUCAUACUUAAAAAUGACUCCAUUACGCCUAAUGAGCCAAAACAACCCAAUCCUGAUUGGCGUUAUUCUGCAUCCCUAAGAGCAGGAAUACAAAGUGCUGUGCACAUGGAGGAGGCAGGAGUCUUACGAGGAGGGCCGGGAGGACCUGAACAGCUGUGGCCAACAGUAUCCAGUGCAACACCAGAACCUGAGGCAGGAGAGGUGUCCCCCCCAGUGGGAGCUGGUGUGAACAGCAACAGCUGGACCUUUAAAUAUGGACCUGGCAAUCCCAAACAAGCUGGUCCCGGUGAGUUGCCAGACAAAUUCAUUAUCCCGGGAUCUCCUGCGAUCAUCUCCAUCCGGCAGGAACCACCAAACAGCCAAAUUGACAAAAGUGACUUCAUAACCUUUGGCAAGAAGGAGGAGACCAAGAAAAAGAAGAAAAAGAAGAAGGGAAACAAGACUCAGGAGAAAAAAGAAAAGGGGAACAGCACCACUGACAACAGUGACCAGUGA